CGGCCAUUUGACACGUCCAGUAGUUUGGGCUUGAAGGGGAAGUGGCCAGCUUCGUUAUCAGAGAGCGCGCUCCUAGUGAGUGUGUGAGCGUGUGUAUCCCUUAAGUGUGUGUGUGUGUGUGUUCAUGUAUAUGCGUUUGCGGGUGUGUGGCAAGGAAAAGGGACGAGUAAGCGAGGCUGCAAGACUUGGAAAAGUGAUGCGAUCCGUGGCACUGGCCAGUCGGGCUACUGACGCACGGCAAACUUAUUUGACGGCUGCAUCGUUUUUUCAAAGCCAUAGUGUCCAGCAUUCGGCCAAAUGGUGCGCUCACGGCGGUAGUAUACGCAUAGACAGACACGGGACAAGUGGAAGCGGCCGUCGUUUAUAUAGUCACCGGCCAACCGGACUGGAAGUUGACCCUUUAGUCGCUGUGUUGCUCUUACUGGAACGCAACGGGGCGAACAGCGUGCGGCGCGCAAGCCAAAGUGCAAUGUGCGACUAGUAGUUUGUAGUUUGGAGCUGUGUAGUUUUUCUUAUUACAAUAAUAAAAAAAAACAAAAACAAACAAAAAAAAACGAGUGACCGAUGAUGUGAUGAUCUUGCCGGCCCGAUACUAACACAUUCAAAAAAUCAAUCCAACUCAAAAGAGAGAAAACAAACAAACAAACAAGAAAAACAACACGAAAUCUUUGACGUUUUGAAAAUCGCGUGUGUUCAAAGAUCAAAGUUUUCGAGUUUUCUUAUUUUUUGAAUCAACGACGACGACGACGCCGACGACCGUAUUAUUUAAUGGUUUUUAUUGGCCAGUCAUUCCAACGUUCAACGUUCACCGCGAUGGAGUCAUCGCGGGAGGAAACACCCCGUGCUACUGGAGCCGCUCACAUCCAAGUUCAACAGCAGCAAAACUACAGCAUCCGCAAUGUGCAUUCGAUUGUGGCCGGCGUCCAACAGCAGCAGCACUACAGCCAUCCCGGUGCAUCGGUGAUUGUGCAAAAUGCAGCCGUUCUCGGAGGUGGCAACAGCAAUGCCACUUUAAUUACCAUGAACAACAGCCCGCAACAACCAGUGACGGAUGCUAGCGCGCUGCAAUUGUCGGUGACGACAUCCGGCUCAUUGAUUCCGGCACCAGCGUCGAGCGUCAACAGCGCCGGCUCCAGUUCACCGACCGGUAGCAACGGCAACAACGGCAACGUGACCGGCAUCGCCGUCGGUCCCGUCGCCACCUGGUGCGCCAUUUGCGGAGACAGGGCCACGGGCAAGCACUACGGAGCCGCCUCCUGCGAUGGAUGCAAAGGAUUCUUCCGGCGAUCCGUUCGUAAAAAUCACGUCUACACCUGCAGGUUCAAUCGGCACUGCGUGGUGGACAAAGACAAGCGGAAUCAAUGCCGAUAUUGCCGACUGGGCAAAUGUUUCAAAGCUGGCAUGAAAAAAGAAGCCGUACAAAAUGAACGAGAUCGAAUUAGCAGUCGUCGACCGAGCUAUGAAGAGCCAAUUUCUGCCAACGGCCUGACAAUCAAUGUGUUAAUCAACGCUGAAACUAUGAGCCGACAGUGUGAAAAUUUGUAUUUAAAUCAGCUCUCAGCCGUCAACGAUUACGAUUUGAACAGCAAAAGGAUGGCUACCAUCAACGACGUUUGCGAAUCCAUGAAGCAGCAGCUGCUCUUUUUGGUCGAAUGGGCAAAAUACAUUCCUGUUUUUAGUGAACUGCCACUUGACGAUCAGGUGGCGUUAUUGAGAGCCCAUGCGGCAGAAAAUCUAGUGCUGGGUGUUGCUCGGAGAUCUAUGCAUUUACGAGACAUCCUUCUGUUGGGCAACGAUUCGAUCAUGCCAAGGCAAACGGCUGGACACGGAGAAGUUGAAAUUUACCAUAUUGGCAUCCGCAUCAUGGAUGAAAUUGUCAAACCUCUACGAGACAUACAGAUGGAUGACACAGAGUACACCUGCCUAAAAGCCAUCGUCUUCUUCGAUCCUAAUGCAAAAGGUCUUGGUGAGCCGGUCAGGGUCAAAGGAAUUCGUUACCAGAUUCAACAGUUGCUAGAAGAUUAUGUGGCUGAUCGCCAGUACGCCAGUAGAGGUCGAUUUGGUGAAUUGUUGCUGGCCUUGCCACCACUCCAAUCAGUUGCCUGGCAAAUGAUUGAACAGAUACAGCAAGCCAGAUACUUUGGAGUAACGCGUAUAGAUUCUCUGUUGCAAGAAAUGCUUUUAGGGGGAGCCUCAAUCGAGUCGGUCAAUAAUGCAAAUAAUUCUGGACCUUCAUCCGGAUACAAUCCGCCAGUAGCAAUACCGACUGCGCUGACAACGAUGGCUCCUUUAUCUGCUGAUUCCUCCCCGACACACUCAGGUGGGCCGUCCCUCACUACCCUUCCUCUUCUUAAUGGUCAAAACGGAUUAGGAGGGCACCAAGCCAUGUUGUUGGAUCGAGGGCCAUCGUUGUUGGAUCGAGGGCCAUCGAUGACCAUGUCCCCGGAUUCGGAAGAGGACACGUUUACCUUGAGUUUAUCCAGUCACCACCACCAGCCUUUCAAGCAAGAGGUGGCGGAGGGAAUGGAAAAUGCUUACACAUAGUGGGUACCUACUGGCCCCCAACUUUACAAGAAAAGAAAAAAAGAAAAGAAGAAACACAACAAAAAAAAAAACAACAAAAAAAAAACAAAAAAAAAAAAAAAAAAAAAACAACAAAAAAAAAAGGAAAAAAGGGUUUUGUUUGUUAAAUUAAAAGUUUAAGAGAUAAUCUAUUCAAUUGAGAUUUGCGCGGCAAAAUACUUUCAAAGGAUGAGUAGCACAGUUACUUUAACAGGGACUCAACAUAUCCAUUGUUGCUACCAUCAGGGUUUCUUUUCCAAUGUGUCCUUUUCCAUACACUAAACGAGUUCAUUGCUUUUGAUUGACUGUGCCGAACUUCAUAGUUGCUCAAUAUAAUUGUUGAUUAGAUAGGGGCCAAAUACACCUGAAAUACUGGUAA